CCGAGCGUGACUCAGUUGGGGCUCAACUCGUAUCGCGUACGCGCUCGUGGCGAGUCAGUACCAUUUCGAUCGUUGAGCAGGUCUCACGUUGCCACGCUACACUUUCUAAAGUCUUGUAUUGGGCGGAGUGAUUUCGACACGCUAUACGGUUACGAAAGUUUGCGCGAUGAUAUACAAGUGAGAGCUAACGGCCGGAGGGUAACGCUCAUCGCGCACGGUGAGCCAGUUUAGACCAAAAGACAUUCGAAACUCGCAAGGGACGGGGGGGCGCGACGCCGUCAAACACGCGGGUGCAACAUCCUUACACAUUUAUUGUGAGAGAACUAAAGAAACCAAUUUUUAAUGUGUCAAGUCAGUAUAGCUCAUUGCUGCUACGUCAGAUCGCUCAACGCCUCAAGUAGGAACUACAAGGUUAUGCAAAUGAGUUCUGAACGCUUCUAUACCAGGGGUAAUCAAAAGACCAUUCACAACUUUAAUAAACUUUAACGUACGGUUUCGUAUAGCCUAGUGUCAUAGCCUAUUCUUCUGUUAUCGUUUUGUCACGAUCGCUAAUUGCUAAUUACCGAGGAGUGUGAUAAGGCGCUUGUGUUAAGUGCGCGAGCGACAAGCGGCAAUUAUGGCGAGCCCUCAGGAGGAGACCCUUCUUGCGCGCUGCGAAAUUCCCAUUAUUGACCUAGCACACAUAGGAACGGAAAUAUGUCCUAUGAAAUCAGUGGUACGUCGCAUUGGCCAGCAACUGUUUGCCGCCCUUAGUACUAAGGGCCUAGCACUGCUGGUCAACCACGGCAUUGCUGAGGAGAAGCUAAAAACAGUGUAUGCUGAUUUAGAUAACUUCUGCGCUCUACCAGAGGGAUGUCAAGCGCAGUACCUCUGCAAUCCUGUCAACAAGCAUGGUUACGUUCGCCCGGGAACCGAACAAUUCGAUGACACUAAAAAGGAAUUACGUCACUCGUUCAACAUCACGACUCUGUCUGCCGCCGCAAUGCCUGCGCAGGAGGAGGUGCCUGACUUCCCCUCUCACACCUUUCCCCUCGCACACGACCUCACCAACCUGUCUAGAGUGUUGCUACAGGCCUUGGCGUCUGUUUUCGGUCUUCCACCAUCCGCUUUGCUGGCCUCUCACUCCGGUAUGCUGCAAAGCGAUGGACGCAACCCCUCAUGCAUGCAGCUUCUCUACUAUCCCCCAGUGCCCCCAGAAGAUAAGGGACCGUGCUGUCAUGAUGCUAUUGCCUACACCCGUUGUGGAGCACAUAGCGACAGGUGUACUUUCACUCUGGUAGCACAGGAUUCAGAAGGAGGACUAGAGGUAAAAUUGAACGGAAGUGAGAAAUGGCAAGCUGUCGGUCAUCUACCUGGAGCCAUUCUUGUUCAGACUGGUGAACUACUCGGUAGCUGGACUACAAAUAAGCUUCCGGCUUUGAUGCACCGUGUCGUGGUACCAUCUGGAAUGUACGCUCGAGCUCGCGGCCGCCAUUGCGUUGCGUUCUUCUGUCAUCCCGACAAGGAUGCCACAGUUCCCCCACUAAUCAUUCCUCUUGCCCCGACUCCACCAGUUUGUGCCCCACCACACCUUUCGCUCCACCAUCGUCUUCUAAACGCCGCUCAUCACAUACAAAAACGCUUUAGGGAAACGUACGCAUGACUAGCACGGAAUAGUGGAAAGAGUGCGUCAAGAAAAACAUUUGGUUAACUCUAUAACUGUUUUGAUUUGCGCAAGUACUAGAAUUAAAUAAAACUUAACUGAUAUAAACGUAAAUUUUAUAUUAUUCGAGUCGUUUAUAUUGACAGUAAAAAACUGUCGUAUAAAAUUGGCUUUCAUAUUCUUUAAGGUAACAAAAAAAUAUUUACAUGAUCCAUAUGCACUAUAAAUGUGUUUUAUUCAAAAAUAUGACUAAAAUACGACUGUAAGCACUUUCUUCUAAAUACCAAACAUUCAUCUAAAUAGUUACGCAUUGUAGAGUUUCUAUAAAAAGCGUGAUCUAGCAAUAAUUGAAAUUAACUUGAACACAUUAUUCAGUAAAACCUUUAUAAUUGAACUAAAAGUAACAAUGUAAAAUUAACCUAAGUUUUAUAAAAGCCAGAAUUAUUCCAGAAUUUGAAGACGCAAGUGCCGACUUCAUUAGCGCAAUUUUUCCACUAUUACCGAUGCGUAUAACAUCUAUUAAUAAGUUUUAUGUGUUACUUUAUAAUAGAAAAGGAGCCGUUUCUCAUGGAAUUAUCGAUAUUACCAUCGGAAACUAUAAUUUGCGGUAUUUACGUUGACAGGUAUAUGUGGUAGGUUAAUGUAUAAAUAAUACAAACAAAAUUAAAACUUUAUUUUUAAUAUUUGACGCGUGACUCGGAAUUAUGACAACCUGACAGUUGCAAUUUAAUGUUUCACAGACAAGCAAUAUAACAUAGUUAUAUUACACCUGGGUCCUAUAUCCGAUUUCCAACUAUAAAUACUAGGUGUAGAUUUUACUACAGAAUCUUAAUUUAUAACAGUAAUUGGAGUUAAUACACGUUGCUGUUGUAUUAACUAGAUACAACAACAUCGUGUCAUUGUAUGAAAUAGAAAGAUGCACAGACUACUUACAUUAUACUAAAUUGCACAGACUAUAUUGAUUUGCUUUUGUAGUAAUUUCUUUGAAUGAUUGCCAAAGUUUUUCCUUUUUUUAUACGAUUUGUGAAUAGCUGGUACUUGUACAUAGAACCAAGAGUAUUUUUCUGCAAUUGGAACAUACAACGUAUUAUUUUGUAGUUUGCUGUAAUAGUAUUCUGAUGUGGCAUUUUCCGUACUUAGAUUUACUUUUAAGCGAAAUGGCUCCGUAGUUAGUAGCAUUUAUUACUUGCCGAAAUUACAAUUAGGAUUGAGUCUAUCAUUCCCAACAUUAUUACGAGUGUAAGCUAUGUGUACUUAUUAUAAUUAUAUAUGGUGUUAUUUUCAUAACGGGUUUCAUAACUUAUAUAAAAAUAUUUACACUUAAUCUCUUGUAACCACUAUCAGAUCUUAAUUAUUUUCUAUCAAAUAUUAAAAAAAACUAUAUUCGACGUAAGAAAAAUUCGUUUUUGAAAUAACACCAUAAAAUCUUGUAUGUUGAUUAGUAGGGGGUUUUAAUAUAACGUUUUUGACUUGUCUAUUUUUUUAUUGUAAUCUAGCAAUUAGCGACGUGAUUUAUUUUCUAUAUUUAAAUCUUUGUGUUUCACGAGUUCUUGCUUCAGCAUUUUUCUUUUUAUCUACACGUUUACUACUAGUACUUUUAUCUAGCAAUGUAUUUAGCUCAAUUUGUACUUAGCUUCAUAAAAUAGUUCAAUACAGAUAUACAAGGUUCGUUUAGCACUGAGAUAGACAAUGGUGAUAAAGUACGUUAGGGUAAAAUUCAACGAGUCUUAGCGUUAAGUGUGACCAUAAGUACCAUGCGUCAACAAUGUAUUAAUCGAUUUUGACAUAUGGAAGUCAUAGUUAGCUCUAAAACCGGUUCUAAACCUCCCUUAGACUUUUUAUUGCCAAUCAUUUUAAAGAAUAACAUUUGUUUCGCGGGCCCAAAACCUUGUAUAUCUUACAUAGUUACGAAAAGCUAUUUCCGAUCACAAGAAAAUUUAUUGUAAAAUCUACGUGCACUGCCAAACGUACUUAAGAAUGUUUAAAUUUUAAGCCACUUAAAUUAUAUGCUGGGAAAUAUCUAAUACUUAUGAAUUCUACAUUCUUUUCACCAGAAAUGGCCACAAGAUAAUUUCGUUGCACAAGUGCUUUGUUUAGCUUAUUAGAGUUUUUUUAAUCUUCUUAAACCGUUGAUAUUCGGUCAUAUGCGUAAUUUAUGGACCAAUGACAUACCUCUGUAGGUAAAAUACUAUAUACUUAAUUGAAAUAAUUGAAAGUUUGUGAAAUUGUAUUUUAUUCAAUAAACGAUUAGAACGAAA